AUGAUGCUUGCGGCACUCACCGCCGUUGAUACAAGGAUUGGGCAAUUACGCACACGCAUGGACGCAGUCGGCGGAUCCUGGGCAGGCACGCUCGCGUGCAGCGAGUGCCGACGUAAACGUUUGACCGCUGAAUCGUUCAGCGCCAAUCAGCUGAGGAAGCUGCGCGAAGGAAAGCUCGCGGAAGACAAGGUUAAAUGCAAGGAAUGCGUAGCGAAAGCGGCGACGGAGGAGCGCGAAAGGGCGUCUGAAAACAGCAAAGCGAGCAGCAACGACGGCGAGGGCAAGGACGAGCCGCUCUCGUGCAGCGUCUGUAAGCAGAAAAGACUUCCACGGUCGAGCUUCACCAACACGCAGGCACGAAAGCCAGAAACCUCAAGAAAGUGCCGCGACUGCUCCGCCGCCGCCGAAGCCGCCGAGGCGGAGGCCCUGAGGGCAGCGCGAGAGGCCAAGAUGACCGAAGCGCAGGCGGCGUCCGCGGCCGCGGCCGCGCUUCCCAAGGGUGCCGCCGGGGUGGCAGCCCGCCUCAAAGGUUUGACGUUUUUCGUGGUGGCAUUGGUGGCGCCGGGAAGCGGGGGGGGCGGGGGCCGGGAAGAGGAAGGACCUGGCGAGGACGAGCCAGCUCGGGCCCAGCAAUCCGGGGGAGAGCAGGAGGGAAUGCAAGCGGCGGGAGAGGAGAGACAUAAUUUGUGCGAGGCCGGAUGUGCGAGGCCGGUAAACAAGGGUGAGGGAUGAGGACUAUCGGCGAGGUCAGGGAGAUUCUUGUCAUCGGGAGUCGACACGACCCAUACCUGGCGGCGCCGGUCGGAGCAGCACGAUCGAAAUGUAGAGCGCUUUUAUCGGCGUAUGGGGUUCCGUGUUGCGCAUGAAGGGACGCCCCAG